AUGUCUUUUCUGGGGAAGAUUCUCUAUGUGACCGUCCUGAUUCUCAACGCCAUCGUCGUCCUGUCAGAGGACCGCUUCCUCGCUCGCGUAAACCUCACCCCCGCAACCCACAACCGCUCCUUCGGCGGCCCCGGCGGCGUAGACAGCAGCGUCAAGUACAAUGCCAUCCAGCUGAUUGCCUCGAUCCGGACCUUGAUGAGGAUACCAUUAAUUGUGAUCAAUACCCUCAUCAUAGUGUAUGAGCUUGUUUUGGGCUAA